AUGCAGCAACAACAAUUGGAAGUCAACCCACGAGGAAUCCCCAAGGCACCCUUCGUCGAGAACGUCGAGGACCAUGUCAGUGAACAGGAGCCUGUUGAGAUUGUCCUCAAGAAGUUCCAAGAGGCCACGGCCAAGUACAAGUUCAUGGAGAUGAACCACCUCACACGCAAACGCAACCUCGACGCAAAAAUCCCAGAGAUCCGCAAGACCCUCGAGAUGGUCCAGUUCCUCGAAUCCGAAGCAAACAACGGUGACGACUCAAAGGAGAUCGAGACCAUGUACGAAUUGAAUGACACAUUAUACGCCACCGCAAAGAUCAAGCGUACAGGAAAAGUCUGUCUCUGGCUCGGCGCAAAUGUGAUGCUGGAAUACCCAGUCGAGGAGGCUGCAGAACUGUUGGCAUCAAAGCUUUCCGCGGCGUUGAAGACGUUAAAGAACACCGAGGAGGAUCUGGCCUACUUGAGGGACCAGAUCACCACCAUGGAGGUCAACACCGCCCGUGUCUACAACUGGGAUGUCAAACAGCGUCGUCUCGCCAGAGCCAAAGCCGAAGCUACCGAUGCUGCCGGAUUGGAUUGA